CCAGCCCGGCUCUGCUGACGUGUCUCCGUCCCCCUCCCAGCCAGCAGCCAGCCCGGCAGCCUCGCUAACGAAACAUGGCUGCGGCGCCACCGCGGCUCUCAGUGGCGCUCCCGCUGGUCGCUCUGCUGCUAUGCGCCCAGCCGCCCUCCUACCAGGCCCGUCGGGAACUGGACCGGCGGUUUGCAGAGUUCAAGCGCUGCGCCGACCCCGAAUGCAGCAUGUUAAUGUGUAGAGGAAAAGCGGUGAAAGACUUUAAAGGUCCAGAUUGUCGCUUUGUAGAGUUCAAAGAAGGUGAAUCCGUUUAUGUGUAUUAUAAAUUAGCAGGAAGAACCAACGAGCUUUGGGCUGGAAGUGUCGGAAGUGAAUUUGGAUAUUUUCCAAAGGAUUUACUUGAAAUAAACCAUAUUUAUACCCAUGAUGAGCUAGAAUUACCAACAGAUGAAACAGAUUUUGUUUGUUUUGAUGGAGGCAAAGACGAUUUUGAGAAUUAUAAUGCUGAUGAACUUUUAAUAUUAUCAGAGGACAUGAUAGCUAGUGAUGCUGAAACUAAGCUAGAAACUGAAAAGGAAGAGGAGACUGAAGGGGCUGAUCCUGUGGAAUCCAUUGAUCCACAGACUGAUGAUAUUGACAUGGACUCAGAAGAAAGCAGUGACAACCAUGUCAGAAUGGAUGAGCAGGACAAUCUUCUUUUUGAAAAGGAUGAGAAUGUAGAGGGAGCUCUUGAUUCCAAGAGUGAGAACCUUGCUGUAAAUAGUAAUACAGACAAUCCUCAGGGAGACCAAAGUGCACAUCAACUUUCGGAAGAAAUGCAGGAAACUUUAAAAGUGCCAGAACAUGAAAGUGCCAAAACCUCUAGUAUUUCUCAGGGUGAAGCUAAACAAUUAGAUUAUGGAAGCAAAGAUGAUGGUGCUUUUACACUUCUACCACAAGAAGUAUCAGAGGAGCUGAAAACAAAAUUUGGCUCAACUGCAGAUGCGCUUGUGUCUGAUGAUGAGACAACUAGCCUUGUUACAUCACUUGAUGGCAAUCUGAUGGAAGACGUGGAUGACUCUUAUGAUGCAGAGAAACUGAAAGAAUCUGAGGAGCAGUCAGAAGAAAUUCCUUUGCUAUCUUUCACAGAAGAAGUUACAUCUUCUGAGGACCCAAAGGCUGGAAAGAUGUUGCCUGAGGGCAUCCAUAGCUCAGAAAUGAGUGAUCUUGAUGUCGCUGGGGAAGCUGUCAAAAAAUCUAUUGAGAAAAAAGAUGACUCUGGUUUAUUAAUAAAUCUAGGGGAUACAAUUUUUGCAAUUGUCAGUGGAGGUGAAAGAACAACUGAUGAAACAAAUGGGAAGAGGGCUGAUUUAGAGGAGGAGGAAGAUGAGGAGGAGGAUGAUGAAGUGGUCCUAAUCAACAAGAAAGAAAAUAUGCAGAUUCAUUCAGAGGAGACUUCAUCAAAAAAUGACCCCUUGACAUCACAUAAUCACAUUACAAAGGAAAUACAAAAUGGAGAUGUCCAAGAUCCUAAGGAACAAAGGUAUAAAACCCAGGACUAUGAGGAAGAGCAUUCAAAAAGUGAGGCAGAACCUGAUAUGCAGAAACAAUUGCAAAGUACACCUAUGCAUAAUUUUGGUGCCUUUUCUAAUUACAGAGAUGGCCUGGAAUCUAAAGUAUCUAUGGAAACAAAGGAAGAAACUGUAAAACCACCUAUGGGUGACAUCAAAGAUGAUCCAGAAGGCCUUUCUCUUCAUAAAAUAAUACAAGAUGAAGAAAGUGAGAGCAUUUUGGAGGAUGGCUUGGAAAAUGAUACAGAACACAAAAUAGUAUGGGAAGAAUUAGAUGAAAAAGAUGAUGAGAAUGUAGAAUCUAAGAAUACAGUACUGCAGGUGCUGGAAGAACUUACGCAUGAAUAUCAACAUGACCAGGAUACCAGUCUCUUCACAGGUAAAACAAACCAUGACACACAGCAAGGUGAAGAAGAUUUUGAACUAACAGAGAUCAUUAGUAAGGAGAAACAAACAAAUGCCUCUGCUGUGGAAAAUAUUCCCACUGAGGGAAAUACUGACUUGACUAUCAAACAAUCCAAACAGGAAACUGAAGACCAGUAUUUAAAUGACCAUGAGGACAUUACAGGAAAUAUUAAGAAGCAAACAAAAGAGAAAACAUCUGUUAUUGAAAAAUCCAGCUCCACACAGCAUGGAAAUUUUACUCAGCAAAAAACUGUUCACAGUGAAGAUGAACGCACGAACAAAGUUAUUGGUAUAAAUACAGGUAGAGAGAAAUCCUCUAUACCAGCAGUCCAGUAUGUGGAGACUGAUGCUGAAGAAGAUAACUUAGAAGAAUUGGAAGAGGAACUGUUACAGGAUGAAAAUGCUAUUAGUGCAAAACUAUCUAAAGAGAGACUUGCAGAGGAACAGAGUUUUUCACUAGAUGUUCAAAGUAGCAGCUCCCAAGUGGAAAUGCCAAAUGAUGCUAUUUCAAGAGCUACUAAUCCUGUUGAUGAAAUGGGAGAAGAAGCAAUGACAACACUUGAGCAGGGUGAAAAGGAUGACAGCAUGCAACAUUUGCACGAAGAGUAUGAAAGCAUGCAAUUACAUGAAGUUUCUCAAAUGACUGAAAUGAUAGAAGACCAAAAAGAAGAGCAAAAAGAGGUAGAGCAAUCAACGUUAUGCAAAGUGGAAAAUUCUGUGGUUGAAGAAAAAAAUCUAUUCCAGGACACAGAGGACAAUAUGUCAAGCCAUUUAAAUAUUUCCGAAGUAGACGACAAGGAUGAUUUUAAUGAAACACAGGAACAUCUUGCUGAGAAUAUUCUACAAAAUGAACUUGCAGACAAACACCGGCAUUCUCAUGAUCCCUCCAUGCCUAGCAGUAUCUCAGAAAACAAAAAGGAAGCUGUAGAGCCAGAGUACAGUGAGUCAGUGAGAGAACUCACUAUAAUGAAGGAAUUUCUUGAUGAAAAACGUGUUGCACGCUUACAAAAAUAUCUUGGACAGCAACAUGUUUUCAUGAUAGAAUCCUUGUUUCAUGACAUGGAGCUGGAGUUAAUGCUUGCUCAGAAACAGAAUAACCACCAUGAGGAGAUUGAAGAUGCUUUGGACCAGAUCCUGGAAUCUUCAGAAUCAAAUAUUCUGGAUGCUGUGGACAAGAUUUUAGAUUCAAGGGAAACAGAAAAUAAAGAAGAAGUGGGGAAAGAAAUUGAUUUGUUUGAUGAAGAAGCUGCCUUAAUGGAUGAUAUUCAGGAACUAAUGUAUUCGCUAAGACACAAAUAUUCUCCCUUGAAUGAGAGUGUUCCACUUGCAUCCACCCUAGAAUCAGAGAUGGAUUCCAGUGUGCUUAUUACAGCUAAUGCAAAACAAACUGAAGAUGACAGGCAUGUUAUUCAAAGCUCAGCAGAGAACACAGAUCAAAACCUCCCACCAUAUACAGAGCAGAUGUCAAAAGAGCAAGCUGUUCUUCAGCUAGAUGAACCAAAAGAAGAUGUGAAUGCUUUGGCAGAGUCUGGAACUGAGGAUGAAACAGAAGGCAAGGAUAUUUUUGGCAGUGGGAAGAAAUUGUCCCACAUGGAUGCAACUUCUGAACCAACAGAUUUAAGGUCAAACACUAAAGAAGAUUUUAUUACAGGUACACCUAGUGCUAAAAGUAAUGUCAUGGAAGAGCACAGUAAUCCAUCAGAAGCAGACUCUGCUGCUCCACAAAUUCUAGCUGCCUUGGAUGGUGCAAUCCUUUUAGCCAAAGAAAAUAUGCGACCCAUCACAGAGAUUCUGGUUUCAACACUUCCUGAAGACAUGCGGCCUGGACCUGAUUUCCAUGGGCUUCCUUGGGAGCCAGUUGUCCUAACUGCUUUGGUGGGAAUUGCUACAAUUGCUAUUUUUUUCUGGAGAACCUGCUUAUCUGUGAAGAGUAGAAUGUAUCAAGUGACAGAAAAUCAGCUUGUUGAAAAAAUUAAAACUCUUGUAAAAGAAAAGGCAGAAAUCUUAGAAAAGAUGUCACAAUAUGAUCAAAAGAUAAGGGAAGCAAAGGAAUCUGUGAAAGAGACCCAAAAACAGAAUAUACAUCUCUCUGAUGAAGCUGCAGGGCUUAAGGACACACUCAAGAAGCUUAAAGAAACAAACAGCUUUUUGGAUGAUAAAGUGAAAAACUUACAAGCUAUGCUAGAAAUGGAGAAAGAGCAGAACCUGAAGAAACAAGAACAAAUCACAGAAACCCAGAAAUCUUUGGAGAAACUUGAAGAAGUCAUUGUGCUGCAUUCUGUAGAGCUUUCAGAGGUGCAGAUAGCUCUCAAUGAAGCUAAACUAAGUGAAGAAAAGGUGAAAUCUGAGUUGCAUCAUGUUCAAGAAGAGAAUGCAAGAUUGAAAAAGAGCAAGGAACAGCUGCUCCAAGAAGCAGAAGGCUGGACUGAGAGGCAUGCUGAGCUCAGUGAACAGAUCAAGACAUAUCAGAAGUCUCAAAAAGACAUUGAAGAAACACUUGCCUACAAGGAAAAUGAAAUUGAAGUUUUGACUAACUGCAUUAUGCAGCUGAAACAGCUUGAUGCAGAUUCUGAACUGGAUGGAAAGAAGGAUGAAGGAAAUGAUGUGGCUAAUGGGGAACACUCAGAUUCCAGAAAUGAAAUGAUGAAGAAUCAGAUUAAGCAGAUGAUGGAUGUUUCACGGGUAAAAACGACAUUAUCAAUCAUUGAAGAAGACAGAGAUCUCUUACGGUCCAAACUAAAUGAUGAAAUUACAGCAAGACAUGAAUUAGAAGAGCAAAUCAAGAAGCUGGAACAUGAUUCCUGUUCCUUGCAGACAACAAAAUCUCAGCUAGAAAAUGAGUGUAAAACUCUGCAACAGAAAGUAGAGAUUCUUACUGAGCUUUACCAACAGAAGGAGAUGGCACUUCAAAAAAAGCUGACACAAGAAGAGUAUGAGCGACAAGAGAAGGAGCAGAAGCUCUCUGCUGCAGAUGAAAAAGCUAUCUUGGCUGUUGAGGAAGUGAAAAUUUACAAGCAGAGAAUUCAGGAAAUGGAAGAGGAAUUGCAGAAAACAGAGCGAUCUUACAAAAAUCAGAUUGCUAGUCAUGAGAAGAAAGCCCAUGACAACUGGCUUACAGCACGUUCUGCAGAGAGAUUAUUGGCUGAAGAGAAAAGGGAAGCUGCCAACCUGAGGCAAAAGUUAAUAGAGGUAAAUAAAAAAAUAGCUGCACUUCAGAGACCAUUAAUUGUGAAACCAACUCCAGGUCGACCAGACCAUCAAGUCCCUCCCCGCAGAGGUCCAGUGAGUCGAGAUGGAUCCUUUGGGCCUUCACCUGUGAGUGGGGGGGCUCCUUCGCCACCACUAAUGAUGGAACCUCCUGUGCGGCCCCUUUCUGCCAAUCCAAGGGAAGGCUCCAGAAGUGAACAUAGUGCUCCUAUUCCUGAUGGUCCUCCAGUCCCAAGAAGGCAUUCUGAGCUGUCAGGAAGAAUAUCUGCUCCAGAUCUUGGUCCUGCUGUAGCACCCCUCAUCAAUUGUGGGCCAAGAACAUCCUCUCCAUCUUCUACACUAGUGGAUGGAAUGCAAAAUCCUCUCAAAGAGCAGGAAGCCCCCUCUGCUGAUGCUGUUCCACCUUCAUCUGCUGAAACAACUGCAGUUAACGUAAGUUCUAAAGGACAACCACCUUUUCCUGGUCCUCCCAUUAUGGCACCUUCAACAACUGGACCUUUGCCACCUCCUGUUCGAUUUGGACCUCCACCACGAGCGCCCUAUGGACCUCGUCCUCUUCCUCUCUCUUUAGUGCGUGGUGGUCCUCCGCCACCCAUUCCAAGAGACUAUCCACCUGGUCCUCCCUUUGGAAUGAGAGACUUUCCACCUGGCCCACUGCCACCCCCAGAGCACAGAGGAUAUCUCCAUGGACCGCCUCCUUUCCGACCUCCAACCCCCAGAGAUUAUCCUCCACGGCUACCCCUACAAGGAUUAAGGGACUAUCCUCCUCCUCCAAUCAGAGACUUGCCGCCUUCAGGACCCAAUAACUACCAAGGUCCUCAGCGUCCUCCAUCCCCAACUAGCUCACAGGACUCAGCACAUCAUCUUGAACAGAAACCAUGAUUUGAGAUUUCUGGACUGAACUCUGCCACGUUUCUUGUGGUGAGAAUUUCAGUGGCUUCAGCACAACCAACUCUUUUGACUUUUAGAUUUGGUUUCAAUGUAGCUUUUUAAAAAAUGGAAGAAUAAGUUGUCUCCAAUCUCUAGCAUUGUGCAUUUUGAUCACCUUUAAUGAGGACUUGUCCAUCCUCCUGGGAUGCAAACGUAAUUUUUCUGUGAUGAACCUGAAGCCUGCUUCUUACAGCUGUGGUCGGCUCACAGCUCUCGACGUGCAAUAUAUGAAAAGUACCUGUGUGGUUAGUUUUUAAUUAAUGUAGCCUAUAUAACAAACUGGUGGAUGAUUUCAUAAUUCAAAAUAUAAUCUGAACAUUUCCUGUGGAAAUACUGUAUGUAAGAAAUGCUACCCUUUCAGCUAUAGCCUACAGUGACUGUAGACCAGUUGUUUACAUGUGAAUUCUAACUCUAAGCUUUUAAAAACAUCUGGUGUAAAAGACCAGAGGCACAAACUACACUGUACUGGAAGGACAAUUCUAAUAAUAAAGAGAGCAAGGUCCCUUUUGCUAAA